GCCAUGUUGCCGCGAGCUUGUUCCGGUAUCAGGGCAGGAUCGUGCGCAUAGACUGCAAUCGGGCGCAGCUCCUCGCCUCUCUCCCCCUGUCGACCGUGACACGCACCUCCUAACGAGAAAACCCCAGUAUACCAAUAAUGGAUUUUACAACCUGAUGAUCCCUUUUUGAGUCGGCGGGUCUUGGGAAUAACAGCAGUCGGUGUAACGACAGGACGAGCUGGUAAAUCGCCACACUGCAGUGCAGCACUGUUGAGCGACCUUAUUCCAAUCACGCAACACAAGGAAGAGCGCCGGUGAUUUCCGUGGAUUUAGAGUUUUGUGGGCUGCUCUGUGGCAGUCAGCACCGCCGCGGCCGCAGGAGGAGCAGCUAACUAGCUAACUUUACUUCGAAAGAAACACUCAAUUCGCUACAUGGGCUAAUUUUGGCCAGCCUGUAAGCUAGCGCAACAGAUUAAUUCGUGUUUUUCACCUGCCAUGUGACCAGUUUACAUGGUGGUGCUUUUAUUUUUUGGAUACCCUUACCCUGGAUAUCUCGCUGGGAACAUUUUGAAUAGUUUUGUGGGAGUUAGGAAGGUCGAGCCCUCGCCGGGAAUAACUUUGGCCUGAAAGUUUGCAGAACCAGGACCUGGCUUCAAACCUGAAAGGAAACAUCCCUGCCACAAAAGCAUCGACACUGUGUUAUGAAACCGACUCUGGUAAACGUUUGUUGUAGAUUUGGGCGACAGUUGACGCUUCCUCGGACGUUAGUUAGCAACCUUACAGGUUAGCAUGCUAGCCACCUAAUUGAACCUUGUCUCGUCCAAUACAACCAACUUUUCUUCGUGCUAGCACAAGUAGCUAGCCGGCCAAAACGUCAUUAAGUUGGUAGCUCCCUGGUCACAAUUGGCACUGCUAACUGGAAACUGAAUGUAUUCACAACAAGACCGAAGCUGAAGAAGACAUUUAGCUUUUUCCUGUUUUGUGCUUGUUGACAAACAUGGGACGUGCGGUUGCUGCUAGUUGGGUUCAGCUAGCUGGCUAACUCGGCUAGCCACUGAUGUGGGUUUCAACUUGUUGAUUCACGGGCUAUCUGUCGUGCUGCUAGCUGGCUAGCGCUGGACUUCUGCUGGAAAUUUUCCUCUGCCCUCAGCUAGACAGAUUUUAAAUGUACAAUAGACACUGAAGAAUCGUUUUUGUUUAAUUGUUUCCUUCCCCCUUUUUGGCAACUUAAAGUCUUCAAAAAAUGUCAACAAGGACCCCACUGGUGCAAGUAAUUGAAAAUACAGCUGGGCAGGAGACCAAAUCCUCCAGCCGCUCCAGCAUGCCGCGAUGUCGGAACUCCGUCGCCACGACCACAACAGACGACCAGCCGCACAUCGGAAACUAUCGGUUGCUAAAAACCAUCGGCAAAGGCAACUUCGCCAAGGUCAAACUGGCCCGACACGUCCUCACCGGAAAAGAGGUGGCUGUAAAGAUCAUUGAUAAGACACAGCUCAACUCCUCCAGUUUGCAGAAGCUCUUCCGGGAGGUUAGGAUCAUGAAGAUGUUGAAUCACCCCAACAUAGUCAAGCUGUUUGAGGUGAUAGAGACAGAGAAGACUUUGUACCUGGUAAUGGAGUACGCCAGUGGAGGAGAGGUCUUUGAUUACUUGGUGGCCCAUGGCAGGAUGAAGGAGAAAGAAGCCCGUGCCAAAUUCAGACAGAUUGUGUCAGCGGUGCAGUAUUGCCAUCAGAAGUGUAUAGUACACAGAGACCUCAAGGCAGAGAACCUGCUCCUGGACGCAGACAUGAACAUCAAGAUAGCGGACUUUGGCUUCAGUAAUGAGUUCACUCUGGGGAACAAGCUGGACACGUUCUGCGGCUCCCCGCCCUACGCCGCCCCGGAGCUCUUCCAGGGGAAGAAGUACGACGGGCCCGAGGUGGACGUGUGGAGUCUGGGGGUGAUCCUGUACACGCUGGUCAGCGGCUCGCUGCCCUUCGAUGGACAGAACCUCAAGGAACUGAGGGAGCGAGUGCUGCGUGGUAAAUACAGGAUUCCCUUCUACAUGUCCACCGACUGUGAGAACCUGCUCAAAAAGUUUCUCAUUCUGAACCCCUCUAAAAGAGGCAGCCUCGAGCAGCAAAUAAUGAGGGACCGGUGGAUGAAUGUAGGUCAUGAGGACGAAGAACUCAAACCCUAUAUCGAACCCAUGCCAGAUUAUAAGGACCCCAGGCGGACAGGUAGGAACGGAAACAAACUCAAAAAUGACAUCAUGCUGACGAUGGGAUUUUCUGCGGAAGAGAUUCAAGACUCGCUGGUAAAUCAGAAGUACAAUGAUGUGAUGGCCGCAUACUUGCUACUGGACUUUAGGAACAAUGAGCUGGAAGAAAGUGGCAUCAAACCCCGGCCAGGAAGUGAUGUAAGCAAUAUUAAUGCCCCCUCCCCGCCUCACAAGGUACAGCGCAGUGUGUCGUCCAACCAGAAGCCUCAAAACCGCAGAACCAACGACCAGGGCUCUUCCUACUCUAAGAGGGGGGGUCAAACAGACAACCGGACUGCAGGAGAGGAUGCUGGGAGGAAAGGUUCAUCAGGCAGCUCCACCACCAAGGUGCCGGCCAGCCCUCUGGUCCCCACUGACCGCAAGAAGAGUGCCACGCCCUCCACCAAUAGCAUCCUGUCCACCGGUACCGGUCGUAGUCGGAACUCUCCUCUGACUGAGAGAUCCACGCUGGGCCAGGGCAUCCAGAACGGCAAGGACAGCCUAAACACUCCGGGCUCCCGCGCCUCCACUGCCUCGGCUGCUGCCGUCCUCUCCUCCUCCUCCUCCUCCUCCUCCUCGCGUCCCCGUCAUCAAAAGUCCCUCUCCUCCUCCAAUCAUCCAUGCCCCUCUGACCUGCACGCACCACGGCCCAGCAGUGAGCUUGGGAUGUUCAGAACCUGGUUGGGAACGCUGGAGAGAAGUGCCACGACUCAGCGGCCUCCCGGUGCCUCCCCCUCUGCCCACAACAUCAGCAGCGCUGCCGUGUCGGACCGUGCCAACUUCUCCCGAGGGGUGGGCAUCCGCAGCACAUUCCACGCAGGCCAGCAGCGGGGGGCCCGGGACCAGCAGGGCUCCGCCUACCCCGGGGGCCCGGCGUCCCCGUCACUGUCACAUGGCAACAGCCAGGCCCGGAGGACACACGGAGCCACGGGGAUCUUCAGCAAGUUCACAUCCAAGUUCGUACGCAGAAAUCUCUCGUUCAGGUUUCCAAGAAGGAGUCCGUAUGAGGGAGAGGGUCGGGAUGAGGGGAGCAGGUCUAUGCUGAGCAGCACAGUGGACAAGUCGGAGAAGACGUCCGGCGGGGUCCUCUCCUCUUCCAACAACGAUGAGAACAACUCCUCCCCAGGGUCUGGUAACACCGGUGGGACCGGCACCCCCCCGGCCAUCGGCCUCCAGAAGGAGUCGGUGAAGCCUCGCUCGCUGCGCUUCACCUGGUCCAUGAAGACCACGUCGUCCAUGGAGCCGGCGGAGAUGAUGCGCGAGAUCCGCAAGGUGCUGGACUCCAACAGCUGCGAGUAUGAGCUGCGCGAGCGCUAUAUGCUGCUGUGCGUGUCGGGAAACCCCGCGCGAGACGACUUCGUCCAAUGGGAGAUGGAGGUGUGCAAGCUGCCGCGGCUCUCCCUCAACGGCGUGCGCUUCAAACGCAUCUCCGGCACCUCCAUCGCCUUCAAGAACAUUGCCUCAAAGAUUGCCAACGAGCUCAAACUGUGAGUGCGGAGGAGAGAGGUUCAGAGGUGGGAGGGGUGAAGGGGGGAGGUAGGGAGGAGGAUGCUGUAAGUGGAGGUCAAGGAGGUAAGCUACAGGGUGGGAUCACUUUAAAAAGAAAGCCGAUUGUUAUGUGGACAAAGGUCUGAAGUAGGGCUAUCGGUUCCUCUGAGACUAGAAAAGCGUUGUUUUCUAGAAGUUCACGAGGCCAUUAGAAACUCUGAGUCCGUGUCCUCUGAGUCGUGAAGUACUUAUAGACCGAGGGUCUUCUCUCCCCCGCUGGGCUUUUCUUUCGUCACGUUCUACUUAGACGUUCCACUCUUCUGCAUGUCCGCUCUGCUCUCUGUUUAUUUAGUCGUCUCACUUUGAUCACUUUGACCACUCCUGUCACUUCUUCCUGCUAUUUAUUCAGUUUGUUCUGCACGGUUCUGCUGCCAGCUCUUUUUGUGUAGGAAAGACAACCGGGUAAAAAUCGGAGGGGGGGUUAAGAUGGAGGACAAAGUGAGUGGAGGAAUUGCUGAUCAAGAAAAGCCAACGUUCUCUCUGAAUCUCUAACAAGUGAGGAUUGAUGGAAAGUGUGGAGCCUUAUUUUGCUGGAAAACUCAUGAAAGGAGUCUCGAUUUGAAUUUGUUCUGAUUCUCCUCCGACUCUGAAUGGACUCCAACUGAGCCGACUUUGGUUGCUGAAACCCCCCCCUCUCACACAUGCACACAAACACGCACACACAAAUGGACUAUGGAUGGAAAGACUAUGCUGUUGUUGGUUAAAGGACCCUCUUCACCCUCCUGUUUAAAAAUGAACUUUAAAAAUCCGCCUGAACCAUCCUCCUCACACACACACACACACACACACACACACACACACACUCACUCUUCAACCCUCUAAUUUCAAACUCGGCACAAACACAUCCAUGUUUUCGCCUCUUCACUCCCUUUGUCUUCCUCACUCAUUAAUUUCUCUCAUCGAUUGUUCUUCAAGUCUUUCUUUAGUUUGUUUUGUUAAUUUCUUCUUCUUUUAUGGCUUUUAAAAAAGAGUUGUGCACUGGAAAAGAGGGGCAUCCGGGUGAACGAGGGAGGGACGGACAGUUCGUGGACGGGGUUGUUGAUUUUACGUUGCCUUUCUUUGUAGAAUUGAAAUGUAAGGGUUUGUUCUUGUUGUCAGCACAUACAUGCUCGAAUGAUUUAUUUGUAUUUUUUUUUUUUUUUUUAAUUGUUGGUAUCACUUCGGUUGGCAUCAUGCCUUCAUAUCCAGAAUGUCAACCCUGAACCGACGCAUUUCUACCCCCCCACAUCCGCUUUCUGCUACUCCCAGACACACACCUUUUGGAGUAUGUAACAAACAGUAUGUGUGUGUGUGUGUGUGUGUGUAUUAUAAAAGAUCACUGGAAGACAACAAAAAAGAAAAAAGAAUCGACAACGACGAAUGGUGAAUUAUUUUCUUCUUCUACUUUUGAUUUGAUAAUAUAUUUUUGUGUCGUUGGAAAUUUCGGGGGGGGGGGGCGGUUUGUACAGAUUUGGAUUUCUCGGGGUGGGGUGGGUGUGUGAAGGGUCGCGUCGGAUCAUAUCAUUGCUGCCUUUUUUUCUGUGUAGUGCACCUUUAACACACAGCUCAUAGUUUAUCGGAUUAAACACAACCCCCCCUCAAGUGCAGAUGGAUGUAUUUAAAGAUGGCGGUGGUGACGACUACUGCUCGGCCUUUUUUUUUUCUCCGUUCAUCUGUUCAUUUUUAAGGCCUUAUGGAAGCAGAGAGACUUGUUCGCUAAACGUUCUCGUAUCACAGCACAUGUUCAAACCAGAUGACGUCACUUCCUUUCUCCCAAGAAGGGGGGGGCGAGGGGGACAAUGCCUGGUCCCGUCUCCUGGUAACUUUAUUUCUUUCUUUCUCACAAUGACACAGUCGUUUUAUUAUUUUAGUUUUCAGUUUUUAAUACGUCAGAUUUUUUUUUCUUUCAAAGUUGAUCAUUGUAUUAAGGUGCUGGGUAUUGGAUUCUAAUUAUUAUUCUGGCUGUUGCUGUUAUAUUAUCUCUUUCAGGGUUGAUUUUAUUUUACAUUAUUUCGUUUUACAUUGCUGUAAUUGACAUUGAUUUUAAAUGUGUUUUGAGCAAACUGUAACUGUAGUGGUGGGUUUGGGGUUGGGAGGGGUGAUCAACUCCUGAGAAAUGUAUUAUUUUGUUUUUUUUUUGUUGUGCAAAGACAAAAUGAUGAAAAAUUACAAUGAUAGUAAUAAAAACAAUGAUAUAAUGAUA